AGUGUUGCAGAAGUGGGGUCGGUGACAGUACAGCAGAAUGGUGUAUUGUCAGUAAUGGCAGAUACGCAGUUCUCUUACAACGAGUCGGUGACACCUAGAGUGACAAGCAUAUCACCAAAAUCAACAAGGGUAAUAGGUGGAGAUAAACUUAUUGUAAUUGGUGAUGGAUUUGAGGCAAAUGGCACUGUGACGUUACUGGUUGGUCUAGCGGAAAUCAACAUUACAUUCUAUAACAACAGCUAUUUAAGGGCAGAUUUACCUCCCUGCUCUUCAGGAAGUCAUCCCGUGAAAAUUAUUGUUGGAGAGAACGGUGCAGCCCUUACCACUUCAAACGAACUACCCACCAUCACAUGUACUCUUGAAGUGACCAGUGUCAAUCCUCUCAGCGGUUCUUUAUUCGGUGGUACCCAACUUACUGUGACGGGAAGCGGAUUUACCCCCGAUGUCAAAGUUAGGGUCGGAACGCAUGAAUGUGAUGUCACAUCCGCGAAUGAUGAUCAGAUUAUUUGCUUAAUCGCCAGAACACGAAAUGUUCAUAGAGUGAACAACCUCGGGAACCAUCCAGUUGUUGCUGACCCGGAUGCGUUCAAAGAAGUGCCGCCAAACAUGGAAUUAAUCGUAUGUUCUCCCCAACUGAUAAGUUUUGUUUUUCUAUUGUCGCUCAGUGNCAGACCUGGAGGGUUUUCUAGUGGUGUUGGCACAUCUUCAGGAUCGUAUGCCCGUGAGUUCAGUAAAACUGGCAAGUUUUACUACUGGAGUGGAAUAAUUGAUCCGUACAGUACCACGUGGUUCCAUGGAUCUGUAGAAGUGGUAGAUCGAACAUCCUUCGUGGCUGAUGUCACUGUAUCAUUAGGAGAUUUUGAAGCAACUUACAACAUAACGACUACUGGGCAGACUCCCUCAACACCAGAUAACACGACAUGCAUCAAUCCAACUGAUUCCAGAAAUAACUGUUCUGACCAUUUCCCAGUUCAAUCAACAAAUAGUUCAAAGAUUCCAUUCGCAUUCUGGACAUGCAGAACACCAGUAAUCGAAGCAGUAAGUCGACAGAACGGUACUACUAAUGACGAAAUACUUAUAUCUGGUGAUGGUUUUUCUGGUAUAAGCUGCGCGAAUGAGGUAACAUUUGGAGAUUAUCUAUGUGAGUCUUCCUCGAGUUCAGUGUCCUUUCUGAUUUGUAAUAUUACUGUUAAGAAUACACCACGGGUUGGUCGACCACAGUAUCUUGAUCUUCUGGUAAACGGUCAAGGUUAUGCUCAAGUGAACUUGCAUUCAGACCUUCUGAAAACGUUUACAUUGCUUCCACUGGUAAGAUUCCUUUCCCCAACAAAUGGAUCCCGAGGUGGUCACACACGACUUACAAUAUCAGGAACCGGAUUUGAGGAUGGGAACCUCAGCAUCAUGACUGAAGUUACCGUCGGUGGUUAUCCAUGUGGUAUAGUAUCGAUUUCGUAUAUGCAGAUCGUCUGUUUAACACCGAGUUCCACAAGUAUUGGACACCGCGAAGUGAUCGUCUUUAUCCAAACCGCCAGCAACACGCGCAUUCCUGCAAACUGUGAUGAAACAUGUCAAUUUGUGUACGAUGACCUGGUGACCCCAACAGUAACUGAUAUCAGCCCCAACAACAUAACAGGUGAAAACACAACCUUGGUCACUAUUGUUGGUACAGGUUUUGGAGAUAAAACGCAUAAUGUACACGUGAGCAUGACGUCAUUAGAGGAACAUGAUUGUCUAGUGAUAAAUGUGUCGGAUUCUGAAAUUAUUUGCUCCUUGACUAAUCUACCUUUAGGUCUUAAUCAAGCUGUGGUCGAUAUAUCUGAUAAAGGACGGGCGUUAUAUACCAAUGGUGAUGCUAUUCUGACAAGUUUACCAACAGUAUCAGCAAUUCUGCCAAAAGAGGGAAGCAUAUAUGGAGGAACUUACGUCACAGUUGCUGGAAAUGGAUUUUCUUCAGACGUAACUGUUCAAGUAGGUGGGAAAUCGUGCGAGGUUAAAAACACAACAUUAAAAUCACUGAUAUUCAAAACUCCUGCCAACUUAUACGGAGUGAAUUCUGUGACUAUACAGGCUAACGGUGUCACUUUUCCCGGACAAACAUUCAACUUCACUGACAAUGUUUCUCCAGAAAUAUUUGCUGUCAAUCCGUCUUCAGGAACGAGUGGAGAGAACAUCACCAUCACCGGCUACAAUCUUGGAAAUACAUUAAAUCAGACAAGCGUUUUUGUAGGGGAAAGUGAAUGUCGUACAACUACUGUCAAAGAUACGGAGAUCAAAUGCACUGUGGGUAGUAACCGUGCUGGGACAUACAACAUUCACGUGAAUGUGCACGGUGUUGGAUACUCUAAUGAUGAUACCACGUUUACCUUUAACAUGACCGCAAGGUCGAUUUCACCAAAUUCAGGCAGUUUAGCUGGAGACCAGACAGUCACGCUAUUCGGUACGGGAUUUGACGACGGAAUGGUUGUUACUAUCUGUGGUGAUAUUUGUUACAUGUCAACGGGAUUUACAACAGAUUCAGCGCAAUAUCUGUGUAGAACGCCACAUUCUUUAGGCUCUUCUAAGAAUUGUACCGUCGAAGUUUCCGUCAAUGGCCUUGUUGAAACUCUUUUGGAUGCUUACACAUAUGAUGAUGCUUCUACCCCGGUUAUUAAUGACGUAACUCCUAAACGCUGAGGUACCGCAGGGGGGAACCCGCAUCACAAUAAUAGGAUCAAA